AUGUCCAGUGAACUGAAGAACUCGUUCGACUUAGAGUUGAACCCGUUCGAAAGAUCCUUUGCCCCUUCAGAUAACCAUAUUCGUGCUGGUGCAGCUCCACAGGCCCCUACGGGCAUGGCUCCCGGAGAGCCACCUUUGCCCAACGGCCAGAAACCCAAGAAUAUCGAAAAGACUGAAGGAACACCUACACUGCUGGCUUCCUCCAAGUUAGAACAUGCUCCCUCGGCCCAGUCUACGGCUACUCUGGCUCUGCCCGUGCCUGACCAGACUGAGAAUAAGGAACCUGGAUCGGCCGGGUCUAACAAACACAACCUCCGUCUUCUGAACUUCCAGAGCGUUGCUGCCUCUGAAAACCGCUUACCUGGCCUUACGCCUCCUAUUUUCACUCCAGGUGGCCGUCGUCUUCCUCCGAUCCAUCUCUCUCCAAAUGCGGCGAUGGGAACACCCGAAACUCCCGGAUCAAGUCUUUGGAGCAGCUUGCUAAAUGCAACCAACGGCCAGGGCGGCCACGAGGGCCAGCAGGGCCUGAACCUGAACUACGCACAGUUUGCCAAUAUGAUGAGAAAGCUGGGACUCACACCCAACGAGCUGAACCUACGCCUGGGCUUCACUCCUGGCGUGGGUCAGCAGACGUUCAACUUUGGUCAUAUCCCAGGACUCACCCCUGGCGGCUUAAGCAACGGCCAAAUGACGCCUGGAUUGCUGAGCUUUUUGGGUCUUUCUCAUCAAGGCAACCAGGAAGGUCCCUCGAGUCAGAACCAGCCGGUGCACCUCAACCACGCCCCGGUCAGGCAGACACAGCUGUACCAGCCUCCUCCUCAGAGCCGUCCUGCUCCCGUGCCUGCUCCACAACCUUCGGCAUCUGCUCCUGCUGCCGGUGCUGCUCCAUCUGCUCCCACAGAGCCUGAACCUACUUUCGCUAUUCCUACAGAACCGCCUAGACCUAUGCCUGUGGUGAAGCAGGAGGAGGAUACCAAGGUGAAGGAGCCACCGGCAAAGAAAGCUAAGGCUAACCCUCGGGCCAAGAAGGAAAAGAAGAAGGAAGAGAAGAAGAAGGCGCCCACGCCAGUGGACGAGGAAGAAGAAAAGAGAAAGCAGUUCUUGGAACGUAACCGUGUGGCUGCGUCCAAGUGUCGUCAGCGUAAAAAGCAGCUUUUCCAGAAAAUGGAGGAUGAGUUGGCCUUCUACUCCACAGGUUACCGAGAGUUGUCUGCGCAGGUGACCCAGCUCAGAGAACAGCUUCUCACGCUACGAGGCGUGGUGACAAGCUUGAAGAACCUGCCUGUGUUGAUCAACGCCGUUGGCGGGUACCAGCAGUUGCAGAACAUAAUUGGCCAGACAGACUACAUUGCUCAGGCAGCAGUAAAUUCGCAGCCAAAUUUCCACCUGAUACCCAGCACGAUACCCACCACGCUAAAUGCUUCUCUGCAACCGCUGCAGCAGCUGUCACCCCAAACCAACAAGGCAGGCAUGAAAUACAUGGGGCCUCAGGGCCAGGCCGCCCCUGAAGAGCAGCCACAUAUUCAAGGCGACAGACGGCGUCUAGUGCCGGGAUCCAACGGCUUGAUGCCGUAUCAAGAUCCCAACGGCGGUCAAAACGUGACGAUCCCCGCGGAAGCUCCCGUGGAAGAAGUCCCUCGUCACUUCUCCGGUGAAAUGAACGGUAUGGCCAACAUGCAACCAGUUGACCAAAGCGGACUUCGAAACCUGAGCAGCACCUCAAACUUGCAGAACAAGCAGAUGGAGCAGGGGUACCAGGGACUACGAAACGUGGCUUCGAUGGCGAAUCUCCAGCACUAG